GCAAAAUGGCGGAUAAAUUUGCGAGAAGACAGUUUUGCGCUUAAAUAUCCUGAAAAAGCUAAUUAUCUACAGCCCCUAGAGGCCGAUUGAGGGUUGUUUUCGGUUCGUUUCUUCAAUACCCCUCAACUACAAGAAUUCAAGAUGGAGAUGGAAGUGAACAUGUCUGCGCUGGAGAAGUGUCAGUUUGGCAAAGAGGUCCUUGAGUUACCACAGGAGCUUGUCGAACAUGCCGCUGUCUUCAACGAGGUGUUCAGUCAAGAGACGUGGGAGAAGACAUUGACUCCACAGAAUAGGGCUUACCUUUCUAAAUUCCUGCCGAAGUUCCCAACCAAUGAUGGAGCAGAAAAACAAGAGACAGUUGCGAGGCUGUUUUCCGGAGAAACCUUCAAAUUUGGCAACCCAUUGCAGCAGUUUCACGAGAAUCUAAAAAGUGGCCUUUAUUCCCCUGACAUUGCGAAAUAUGCCUCCCUGUGCCGGAAGGCCAAACAGCAGGAAUAUCUCAACCAGCAGCAGAGAUACUAUACCAGGCUGUUAAAAGAUGUGCUGGUCUCACGACAGAAAAUUUUAGAACAUGCCGGUAAGCUGCCCCCGGAUGAGGCACUACGACUCGAGAAGCCAACUGGUCCGCCGGAAGAGGAUAUGAUCACGAAAAGAGUACGGAAAAAAUAUAAGAGUAUCUUACGCGAAGUGCGUGUGGAAUGUGGGGAGGUUGACACCUCAUCUGACGAAGACAGUCCACGGCCAUCAAGUUCACACCAAUUAGCUUACACCCCUCACCGGCGCCCUCUAUAUUCAGAGAUGCCAAUGGAAACACCUUCACCGAGUAUCGUAUCGACGUUGUCACGCUACCCGACUGUCAAUGGUGACAUUGGCGAGGGAACGUCGAGCUAUAACCACAUUCCUGAGCCGUUUGAAGUCACGGAUGACGACUAUUUUGAAAUUCUUCAGCGGCAUAAACGAAGGAAGUUUGAUAUGGAGGAUCAUCCUGAUUUGGACACAAAAGGUAUCACGCUUCAAGACGUCAUUUUGAGGACCCAAGCCAUCAAGAGGCCCAUUAUGAGGCCUGCUGCUGUGACGUCUGAUUCAGACGGUGCUGCUCCGCAAAACGCGGUGAAGAAAAAGGUCAAAGAACGCAAGAAAAAGAUCAAACAUAUGCAACAAGAAACUCCUGUGAUGUCCGACGCGAUUCCAAGUUUACCACCGUCGCCUCCUAUUGGCAACAAUGAGGAGGACGAGAGCGCCGUAGCGGCGUUGGAAGCUAUUCGUCAGGAGCAGGAGGACCUGCCGGAAUUGAAUAUUGAAAUUGAAAAAGUGCCUUCGAAACGCAACUUCGGUCAGUACCAGUCGUUCUUCAGUUUAUUACGUGAUAUGAUCAUUGAAUCGGGCGACGGGCGAAUAACGACAGCCAAGCUGGAGGAGAAGGUGCGGGAGUGGCAAGAUUCGCCAGCGAGUAUGCUCAAUCCAUGGUUUAUGGCGCAGCCGCAGAAUUGGAUGGAAUGCGUCCUGUCCGCUGUGAAAUUUUUAUCAGGAGACGUUUUAGGUCUCUCCAUAGAAAACUUUAUACCGUUACUGGACUAUAAAGAACGUGCUCAACAGUGGAAGUGGAUAGGUCAAGGUCGCGACUCGGACGAACAGUUAGCUCCGUUAUGUAAACAUUGGUUGGAUAAUCGUAACGAUAUGUCAGUGGAGGCUGUGGAAGCGAGGGAGGGCUCGCCCCCUCCGCCGAGAAUGCGGACCUCAUAUACCGUUCACGCAACCACAGACGAAGAAAAAAUGGUAUUCAGGUUACAGGAACGGAAACGUUUUGAAUUUCCGCACAAGGCGUUUACAUAUCGUUUGCAUAGUUAUGAGUCCGUGGUGGGGCCUGUGAAGGGCGUCUACACCAAAGACAAUGCCAUGAACAAAGCAAGGGAGCAUACAUUACUAAUAUCCGACCGGCCGGCCUAUGUGACAAUAUUGACAUUAGUGCGAGAUGCAGCAGCUCGGCUACCAAAUGGCGAGGGAACGCGUGCGGACAUCUGUGAGUUGUUAAAGGAUUCAAUGUACCUCGCUCCUGGGGUCACAGAUUCACAGAUUAAUACUGUUGUAAGUGGUGCUCUGGAUCGCCUUCAUUAUGAGAAAGAUCCGUGUGUAAAAUACGAUGUAAAUAGGAAGCUCUGGAUAUAUCUUCAUAGGAAUAGAGAGGAAAAUGAAUUUGAGAGAAUUCACCAAGCUCAAGGUGCUGCUGCCAAGGCCAAGAAAGCGUUACAAAAACCCAAAACACCCAAAACUAAAACUAAAGAACCAUCCACUCCAACGACUCCGGUCACUACCACACCAACCUCACUGCCCGACGGCCUCUCAUUAGAGAUGCCCAGCCCCACCCAACUCGCUGCUGCCGCCCAGAGCCCGAAGAUACCCGGCGGGGCGAGUCCCAAGGGCGUUAUGCUCAGCCCGAGAGUGCAGCAGAUGAACCAGAAGGUGGUGUUCCCACAGAACGUGCGGGCGCUGAGUCAGAAGGGGAGUACAAGCGUGGCGGGAUUAUUACAACAGGCACAACAGCAACAACAGCAGCUACAACAACAACAACAACAACAACAUCAACAGCAACAGCAACAACAGAUUCGUGUCUCGACACCGGAAGUCGGCCAACCAGGAUCGCCAAAAGUCAUUCAAGGUGGUCUACAGACUUUAAAACAGGUCUCCGGUACUCAACAAGUUGUCGGACAGCGUUUAGCAAUGUUCAAUCAAGGUUCCGGAAAACCGGUCGCAUUAACUUUUGUGCAACCGGCCAGUCCGGUCACUGCUUCAAAACCGCUAGCAUUUAGUUUGGUGCAAUCGCAAAAAGGUGGCGCUGACGGACAGAAUGCUCAAAUCAUAUUAUCGCAAGAUGGACAGCCGGUGACGACAACAGGACCAGCUUCCAGUACGUCCGCAAUUGGGAGUCCGAAAGUCACUAUGACUCAGAUAUCCGCACAAAGUUCGAAACCUGGAACGCCACCUGUGGGAACUGCUGUAACUAAACCGAUGAUGGCACGACUCAUGCAGCACAUGUCGUCGCCACAGGUUAUGUCGGUCGGGAAUAUUCUCACAAACGCGAUGGCAGCCGCGCAGAAGCAGGGCGCGAACCUACAGGGUGCUACGAUAAAAAUACAAGGUGUUGGUGGAAAACCUGCUGGCGGAAAACCACUUCCCGGAAAACCACUUAGCGGAAAACCUCUCAGCGGAAAACCUCUCAGCGGAAAACCUCUCAGUGGCAAACCUCUCAGCGGAAAACCUCUCAGCGGAAAACCUCUCAGCGGUAAACCUCUCAGCGGAAAACCUCUCACGAUAAGCGGUAGUUCGUCCCAGAUCCAAACAGCGCAGACUGCUGCUCCAAAGUUGACCGUUGUUUCUCAGGCAGGGAACUCUAUAGUCUCGUCCGUUUCCAGCGAUGCUCUCCUCAACUCAGGUGUGAAUGUGACGUCAGGCGUAAUCAGUCAGAUCUUACAACAAGGCCUCACGGCCCAGCAGAACAAAAUCAGUGGCGCUCAAAUCAAUAUGGUGUCGCCCAACGUAUUGACGACAACUUCCGGACAGAAGCUCGUCGCACCGGGUCAGGGUGGGAUCGUAGUGACGCAAGUGGCGCCCGCAGGUUUUGCGUUAAAACCUGGCGCCGGUUCGAAACUAGUUACGUCUUCACAGCAAGGGGGCGCUGUCCCAACGCAGAUCAUUAUGCAGCCUUCCCAAGCCGGUGCUCGGAUGAUAACGCCGUUAACUGCCUCAGGUGGAAAGCCCGGUCAGAACAUACAACUUCUAAAAACUGUCAUAUCUCAACCUGGCGGCAAGCCGGCGCAGACGACAUUUCUCAUUACUCAAGCCGGCGUCCAGCCCUCUGUCAAACCGGGUGGCCCCGGUACGCCACCUCCACGAGGAAAAUCACCGCCGUCCACUAAAUCAAAACAAGGGCCAGUUUUUGCACGGAUUAUAACGCCCCCGCCGGGAAUGGGGCAGACAUCUGGGAUACGGAUAGCGACGGUUUCGUCGCAAGGACAGUUGAUAGCGCCCCCUAAUGUCAAUGUGAUACAGAGUGUAGCAAAGAUGGAAGAGAACGGCCCGGCCAAAACUGGCGAUUGAAAGUUUUGAUUUCAGUUGUUGUUAUUUUCGACAUGACAGGAAUAGGUUUUUUGGUGAUUAUAGAUUCUGAUCUCUUUGUGGUUCUAAUCUAAAGUGUUUGAAAACAGCAUUUUUAUGAUUUUGAGGCUACAACAGCCCACAGCUGCAGGUGCACAAUAUAGAAGGCUGUACAAAUACAAAUCAUGACAUGAGGAGAGGUGGUACAAUGAUAGCAUGGUGUCCGUAAUUGUACUGCCUUACCUUAUAUCAUUUCCGAAAACAGGACAUCAUCUGAUGAGAUAAAAUAUCCUAAAAGAAGCAUGGAUUCUCUUACUGCUUAUUAUUUCCCCAAACCGGUCAUCAUCUGAUGAGAUACUUGAAACAAUUUAGGACAUUAGCUCAGGUAACGUGGUACAAUUAUGGCCUCAGGUAACAUGGUACAAUUAUGGCCUCAGUUUGCAUUCAUGUGUACUUCCAGCUAUUUUCAACAUUGUGGGGGCCAUAAUUGUACUGGGGCAAUCUUCUGAUGGGAUGCAUGAUACAAUUUAUGACAUUAGGUAAAGUGAGGUGGUACAAUUAUUAUACAUGGUAUAAAUUAUAACAUCAGCUCAGGUAACAUGGUACAAUUAUGGCCUCAGUGUGCAAUCAUGUGUACUUCCAGCUAUUUUCAACAUUGUGGUGGCCAUAAUUGUACUGGGGCAAUCUUCUGUUGGGAUACAUGAUACAAAUUAUGACAUUAGGUAAAGUGAGGUGGUACAAUUAUUAAACAUAGUACGAAUUAGGACAUUAGCUCAGGUAACAUGGUACAGUUAUUGCCUCAGUGUGCAUUCAUGCGUACUUCCAGCUAUUUUCAACAUUGUGGUGGCCAUAAUUGUACUGGGGCAAUCUUCUGAUUGGAUACAUGAUACAAAUUAUGACAUUAGGUAAAGUGAGGUGGUACAAUUAUUAAACAUAGUAUAAAUUAUAACAUUAGCUAAGGUAACAUGGUACAAUAAAUUAUAGCCUCAGUGUGAAUUGAUGUGUAUUUCCAGCUCUUUUCAACACAGGUUAUAAUUGUACUCGGACAAUAAUUGUAAUGCUUUACCUUACAUUUUGGUAUCAAACUGAAGGGAUUUUUCGUUUUUGAAAUGACAAAAAUUGCAAAUGUCGCUUUGACGACUAUUUGUCACUCAAGGGCCUAGUUGGUGCUGCUCUGUCAUUGUUUUCGUGUAAAAUGAGUGAUAGCAUGAUAGGAAGUUUGUAAAAAAUUUCUUUUGAUCUCAGACAAUUUUUUAUUUUUUCAAUGCAUGUUGAGAAACGCUGAUUUUGUAUUGCAAAACUAUGUGUUAAAAAUCAGAAAAUUAUAUUGAGUCGUCAUGAUGAAAUGUUUGACUAGCAGAAAUUAUUGAUAUUUAUUAUUCAAGAAGUUUCAGCUUCCUUUAACCUUUUAGUUACUAAAAAAACGAUUUUGCCCGCUGAGUACCUCGUUAUAUUCCUGUAGCAAUUCUGCUGAAAACAUUCUGUACAUUUCGUUUUGCAGAGCUUGUAAAGUCUGUAUGUAAAUGAAGGUAACUCAAUCAACGCUAAUUUCUGCUUGCUAAUUACAAGAUCUGUUAUGCGAUGGCGCUGCAAUCGAUCGAGAAUUUUUCUGCUUCGGCGAGGAAAAAAGGAAAUAUGGAAAUAUCGUAAAAAUCUCCAGUACUCCAGUAGCUGAAGGGUUAACAGCUGUCUGUAGGGCUUUUGCCCAUUGUGAUGUUAAUAUAUAAUACGACAGGAAUAUAUGGUGUUUUUUUUUGUUUAUUAUUCUGUUCUGGCUUUGUGAAAGUAGCUGAGAGGCAGAAAUAGCAUUCCGCGAUGAUGAGGUCACUGCAGCUGCUGCCCUCUAUUUCCCCAUUGCUGAAUUACAGGCAAUGUCGGACAAACAUGCGGUUUCGUAAUGGAUUAAGGCUUUCUAACUGGGGCAGUUAGAUUCAAUAUGGCACAUGUCCGAGUGUUGGAAAUACUACAUAAUUGUUCUGAAUAUUUUUCUCUCUGACUCUAUGGUAUCAUUCAUGCUAAAAACAAUGCAGGGUCAAAGAUAAUUGUCUUUGAAAUAAGCUCAAAUGCGUAGAAAUAAGUGUCGAUGUCCGAUUGUCACGUGACUAAAACGUCAUCAAUAUCUUAUGCAAAUGACCUUGUGAGCUAUAAAUAGUAACUUCGCGGAAUGCUAUUGUGUCUUAAAAUUAUCUAUUAAAUCCUAAAUGCACAAUUUUGGAAAGUUUGAACUAAUUCAAUGGAUUAUACUGAAGGGAUUGUAAUAAUGAAAUGGUAAAUGUUGUCCUUUUCGCUGAAGAAAAACACCAAGGUCAUUUAUGCACAAAAUUUAAACAUGAUUUUCAUGAAUAAAUACUAUAGGAAUUUUGCAGUAAAGUGGAACCAUCCUUAGCAGACACCUCUCUAUUAAGGACACCUCUCUAUUAAGGACCUCUCUAUUAAGGACACCUCUCUAUUAAGGACACCUCUCUAUUAAGGGCACUAGUUUUGGUCCCAAAAUGGUUGUUUCCCUUCAAUUUGACCUCUCUAAUCAGGACAACCCUCUAUGAAGGACAGAACUUCUCAGUCCCAAGGGUGUCCUUAAUAGAGAGGUUCCAUUGUAUUGGAUUGAAAUCUGUUCUAAGAGCAUGGCAAUUUUCAUCGAACAGACGUUCCAAACAUCAGUUGUUUAUAAUCGUUAAAAUAUGCAGAAUUAACCAAGGUGAUGUAAUGCAUCACUUGGAAGACGUUAACCCCUCCAGCCUUGAAUCACGCUUUGUAGAAAAUGACACAAGGUUGAUACAUAUGUAUCCGGUUACACUUUAGGGAGGCCUCUAAGUAGUAAGGUAAGCUAGUACAAUUAUAGGCCCAGUACAGUAUAGCCUUUGUGCAUAUUAAUAUGCACCGCCACCUGUUCUAUACACUGCAGCGCUAUAACUGUAUCACUCUACCUUACUUCAGCAAUAGAUUCUGAUCUAUCCUUGAGAAUAGUGUAACUGUGUACAUUAUCUGUACACUGAAGCAGCUAUAAUUGUUCCUUGACUCGAAGUGUACCAUGUUACCUUAUUUCAAGUGUGGAUUUUGAUCUAUUCUGGAGAAUAGAUUAACUGUGUACAUUCUCUGUACACUGUAGGCUAUAAUUGUACCAAUUUACCGUAUUUCGAGAAGAUAUUCUGAUCUAUUAUUGGGAAUAGUUU